AUGACCCAAGCAGCCGGAUUUUACAAUCCAGAAACCGCCGAGUAUUUCGAUCCAAAAGAAACACACCGUGUUGCUAUCGUUUCCGGCGGAAAUUCAGGUAUCGGAUGGUAUACCGUUCUCCAUCUCUAUUUGCAUGGGUAUGCGGUAUAUGUAGUUGGAAGAAAUGAAAGUAGAGUGAAAAAGGCCAUUAAAGACAUUGAAGACGAGGCAAGAAGGAGAACCAGCUCCUAUGACUCAUUUCAGAAGAAGACUCGUCACCUUGGUAGCAUGGAAUAUAUUCAUUUCGACUGUUGUGAUCUUGAAUCAGUGGAACGAUGUGCUACAGCAUUUUUAAGCAAAGAGAGACGAUUACAUGUUCUAAUUAACAAUGCUGGAGUGAUGGGUAUUCCAUUUGAAAUUACAAAAGAUGGGUAUGAGAUACAAUAUCAGGUCAAUUUAGUGGCGCCAUUCCUAUUCACAUUGAAUUUACUCCCAGCUCUCAAAGCUGCCAAAUCGGAUGCGGUGCCUAGAGUAUUAACUCUUUCUUCUGUCGGACACAAUGCUGCCUAUAGAUAUUUUGAUCCUAGCGAUCAUAUCAAUCACUUCCCUCUGAUGCUCUACACCUGGAUUCGGUACGGAAAUGCAAAAUGUGCCGCAAUUCAGUUUAUGAAGAAAUUCGCAGCGAACUAUCCCGGAAUUCUUGCCUUUUCGAUACAUCCGGGUGUAAUUGGCGAGACAGAGUUGUAUAGUUGGUGGGACAAAUUGCCUUUCUUGGGCAGCAUCUUUCAUACCGCUCGCAACGUGGCGGGAUAUUUCAUCGGCGUUUCGUCAGAGGAAGGCUCUCUUGCUACUCUAAGAGCUGCAAUGGACCAGUCUUUGGGUGAGGAUGAUUCAGGAUCGUAUCUCAUCACAGGUGGUUCAAUCAUUGAACCUUCCAGAGUAGCACUGAAUAAGGACAACAUAGACACCACCUGGAAUCGGAACAUAGAGAUGCUUAGAGAAAAAGGUUUCACCCUCCUUCUCUGA